UUCUUUUUCUCAUUCAGUUUUGGUUUCCAUAUUUCAAAUUCAAACAUCUCAAAAGCAUUGCUUUGCUACUGCAACAGAUUAUUAUUUUCUUUUUCUUUGCAUUUUUUGUUUUUUGUGAGAGGAUGGGUUCUUCUGUUGUUGGAGAUGAAUCAUUUUCUUCUUCUCCCAAUUUCAAUUACGAUUAUGAUGUGUUUUUUAGUUUCAGAGGAGAAGAUACUCGCUCCAAUUUUAUCAGUCAUCUUCAUAUGGCCUUGCGUCUAAAGGAAGUCAACGUUUUCAUAGACGACAAACUCAAAAGGGGUGAACAAAUUUAUGAGUCUCUUCUCAAAUUUAUAGAGCGAUCUAGACUUUCCCUCGUUAUUUUCUCUAAAGAUUAUGCAUCUUCAACUUGGUGUUUGGAUGAACUGGUGAAAAUAAUUGAGUGUAAGAAAUCCAAAGGACAAGCAGUUUGGCCAGUGUUCUACAAGGUGGAUCCAUCCGAGGUUCGAAAACAAACCGGUGGGUUUGGGGAAGCAUUGGCCAAACAUGAAGCUAAUAAGUUAUUGACCAACAAGAUUCAACCAUGGAGGGAAGCUUUGACUUUUGCUGCUGGUUUGUCUGGUUGGGAUCUAGCAAAUAGCAAGGAUGAGGCUGAACUUAUCCAAAAAAUUGUUAAACGAGUGUUGUCUGCAGUAAAUCCAAUGCAAUUACUACAUGUAGCCAAGCACCAAGUAGGAGUUGAUUCUCGACUAAGGAAAAUUGAGGAGUUGGUCUCUCAUAUUGGGUCCGAGGGUGUUAAUCUGGUGGGGUUGUAUGGCAUUGGAGGCAUUGGUAAGACCACUUUGGCUAAGGCUUUGUACAACAAAAUUGCUACCCAAUUUGAAGGAUGCUGCUUUCUACAAGAUGUUAGACGAGAAGCUUCGAAGCAUGGGCUCGUUCAACUACAGGAAACCUUACUCAAUGAGAUCUUAAAAGAGGAUUUGAAGGUUAUUGUCAGUCGUGAUAGAGGAAUUAACAUCAUAAGAAGUAGACUGUGUUCAAAGAAAGUUCUUAUAGUUCUUGAUGAUGUGAAUGAUCUUGAGCAAUUAGAAGCACUGGUUGGUGGGCGUGAUUGGUUUGGUCAAGGUAGUAAAAUCAUUGUGACGACAAGGAAUGAACAUUUACUUUCUAGCCAUGGAUUUGAUGAAAAGCAUAAAAUUCAAGAAUUGAAUCAAGACCAUGCUCUUGAGCUUUUCAGUUGGCAUGCUUUUAAGAAAAGUCAUCCAUCAAGUAAUUAUUUAGAUUUUUCAAAGCGUGCUACAAGUUAUUGUAAAGGUCUCUCUUUGGCCCUCGUUGUUUUGGGUUCUUUCCUUUGCGGCAGAGCUAAAGAAGAAUGGAAUGGUAUGCUAGAUGAAUUUGAGAACUCUUUGAGAAAAGAUAUUAAAGAUGUACUUCAAUUAAGUUUUGAUGGACUUGAAGACAAAAUAAAGGAUAUUUUCCUUGACAUUUCUUGUUUAUUCGUGGGAGAAGAAUACAAGUGUGCUAAAAAAAUGUUGAGUGCAUGUCAUUUGAACAUAGAUUUUGGAAUUAUGAUACUCAUGGAUCUUUCACUUAUUACGGUUGAAAUGGAUAGAGUGCAAAUGCAUGAGUUAAUACAACAAAUGGGUCGUAGUAUAGUUCAUAAUGAAUCAUCUGAGCCUGGAAAGAGGAGUAGGCUGUGGUUGGAACACGACAUUUGGGAGGUGUUUGUUAAUAAUUCUGGAACAGAUGCAGUUAAAGCCAUAAAGUUGGACUUGCCUAAAUCCACAAGGCUAAAUGUAGAUCCACGGGCAUUUGGAAGCAUGAAAAAUUUGAGAUUGCUUAUCAUUCGAAAUGCACGAUUUUGUACAAAGAUUAGGUACUUACCUAAUAGCUUAAAGUGGAUUGAAUGGCAUGGAUUUGCUCAUCGAACUUUGCCGUCCUGCUUCAUUACCAAAAAUCUUGUUGGACUUGAUUUGCAACAUAGCCUCAUCAAAAGAUUUGGGAAAAGACUUAAGGAUUGUGAAAGGUUGAAGUAUGUUGAUCUUAGCUACUCUACUUUAUUAGAGCAAAUUCCUGAUUUCACUGCAGCAUCAAACCUUGAAGAGUUGUAUCUCAUCAAUUGCACAAAUUUAGGAAUGAUAGAUAAGUCUAUUUUCUCUCUCAAUAAGCUUGUUGUCCUAAACUUUGAUGGUUGUUCUAACCUUAAAAAGCUUCCAAGAGGCUACUUCAUGUUAAGUUCUCUUAAAGAAUUGAAUCUCUCUUACUGCAAAAAACUUGAGAAAAUUCCAGACUUAUCUUCAGCAUCAAACCUUACGAGCUUGCAUCUCUACGAAUGCACAAAUUUAAGAGUGAUUCAUGAAUCUGUUGGAUCUUUGGAUAAGCUUGACCAUUUGAACCUUAGACAAUGCACUAACCUGGUAAAGCUUCCAAGCUAUCUUAGGUUAAAGUCUCUUCGAUAUUUAUCACUUUCUGGGUGUUGUAAGCUUGAAAGCUUCCCAACAAUUGCUGAAAGCAUGAAAUCUUUAAGGUCCUUGGAUUUGGAUUUUACUGCCAUAAAGGAGUUACCUUCAUCAAUGGGAUAUCUUACCAAUCUAUCUCGAUUAAACCUUGACAGUUGCACAGGCCUCAUCUCCCUUCCCAAUACAAUUUCUUUGUUAAUGUCCCUAUUGAAACUUGACUUAAGAAAUUGCAGGUCUCUUCAAGAAAUUCCGAACCUUCCUCAAAACAUACAAAUUUUGAAUGCGAAUGGCUGUAAAUUGGUGGGUAAAAGUCCAGAUAACAUUGGGGAUAUAAUAUCAAAAAAACAGGACCUCACAUUGGGUGAGAUUUCAAGAGAGUUCUUACUAACAGGCAUUGAGGUUCCAGAAUGGUUCAGCUAUAAGACUACAUCAAAUUUAGUGAGUGCUAGCUUUCGUCACUAUCCAGACAUGGAAAGAACUUUGGCUGCCUGUGUUAGUUUCACAGUGAAUGGAGAUUCAUCUGAAAGAAUUUCAUGCAAUAUAUUCAUCUGCAAUAGACUGCAUUGUUCUUUUUCAAGAUCAUUUCUUCCAUCAAAAUCAGAAUAUGUGUGGUUAGUGUCAACUUCUCUAGCUUGGGGUUCCAUGGAGGUGAAUGAUUGGAAAGAAGUUUUGGUUUGGUUUGAGGUUCAUGAUGAGGUAAAUACAAGUAUAAGAAGAUGUGGUGUCCAUGUCACUGAAGAGCUCCAUGGGAUAAUACAAAUGGAUGUCAAGUGGCCGGUGGUAAAUUAUGCUGAUUUUUAUCAACUGGAGAAAUUGCAAAAUCUGGAUAUUGAGGAUCUUCUUGUCAAACGCUUUUUUGAAGAAAUGUCCUCCUUGUCAAAUUGCAAAGCAAUGUUGCAUGCAGGAAGUUAUGCUCCAGAAGCAAUAAUUGGUUCCAACGUACAACCUAUGGUUUUCCCGUUGCACGUAUCAUAUAAUGGUGAUACAGUGAUAUGUGGAAUGGAAGGCAUGGCAAAAACUGCACUAGCCAACUCUGUAUGCAACAAAUUUAAUUGGUCAUAUGAUAAUGAUUGGAGACAACCUUUAGAUAAUCCUACAAGCUUUUACUUGGUCGAAGAAUCACAGUACCGUUUCAUGAGAUAUUCGGGCCUCGACAAGCGUGGAGGUUGUAAAAAAGGGACCAACAUUAUCGCAAACCAUAGUACAAUUACAUCAUCCAAAAUGUAUUACAUAUACUUUGAAAAUUUGGAUGAUAGAGUAUACAGAUUUGUAAGUGCAUGGGCUAUAGCAAAGCCUCGUUGGAUUGAGAUUUACAGAUUUGAAGAUCAUGAUGUUGCAAGAAAUCAUCAUUUCAUUAUUAGAAGGGUUGAUCCAUCCUUAUGGCAACCCUGGGCCCGUUGAUCCACCCUCAAAUUAAUUUUCCAAGUUUGUGUUGCAAAUGUUUAAAUUACUUACCAGUGUCUUUAGAAAAUGGUAGAAGGUGGCCACACCUAAUUUUUGUUUAUCUAUACCCCUAUGUACUCUAUAUGUUUACAAUCUAGAAACAGAGCCAUAAAAUCAAAUUGAGAUCCAGAAUUAUUUUAUUGUUCCA